AUGGCCCGUGAGCUCAGCUCUGGUCGUCAGUCAGUAUCUCCUGCGAGCUCAGGAAGAGCAUCACCAGUUUCAAGGAAAUGGAGGAAUCAGUUAGGUGGAGAUGAGCCUCCGAAUAAAGAUAAAGCAUUCCGCAGAUACGCAUCUGGUGUCGAUCGUUCACUCUCACUGUUUGAUACAGCCUUACAGGAAUGGGCGGAUUAUAUUUCUUUUUUGGGGAGACUAUUGAAGUCAUUACAAGCACAUCCUACCAAUGUAACUGCUGUCCCAUCCAAAACGAUUGUCGCAAAACGUCUUGCUCAGUGUUUAAACCCUUCACUGCCUUCAGGUGUCCAUCAAAAAGCUCUUGAAGUUUACGGAUAUAUAUUCUCGAUGAUAGGAAAAGAUGAGCUGUCUAAAGAUCUACCCCUUUACCUACCGGGGUUAUCGACCACCCUGUCAUUUGCAUCGCUCUCUGUGAGGGGCCCGUUUCUUGAACUUCUGGAGAAGCACUUACUCAAAGUUGACGGACGAUCACUACGACCAGCUUUGAAAGCAAUUAUACUUGCUUUAUUGCCUGGUCUCGAGGAAGAGAAUAGUGACGAAUUUGAACGCACAUUGAAACUGCUCGACGGUUUCAAACAUACUAUUAGACCCUCUGGCACGGAAGACCUAGGGGAGAACCAUCGUAGUGGGGACGAAUAUUUCUGGCAAUGCUUCUUUCUUGCUGCAAUAACGAGUAAUGGCCGUCGGUUGGGAGCAUUGGCUUACCUCAAUCGGAAUCUCCCAAAACUCGGACAAUCGCCCUCAGGGCAGAGCAAUCCGCCAUCCAAUGGGUCUCAUAAGAAUGACAUGACUGCCAAUCAAUCUCAAUUGGCUGAAAUUGUUGCUUCGCCUGAACCUGGACUGCUUUUACGUUGUUUUGCUGCUGGUUUGGGGGACGAGCAAAUCUUAAUUCAGCGUGGGUUUUUAGAUCUCCUUGUCACCCAUUUGCCUCUACAUUCGAAUGUUCUACAGCAGCGAGUAAAGCCAGAAGAUCUCGAGCUUCUCGUCACUGCCGCUGCUGGUGUUGUUACUCGACGUGACAUGAGCUUGAAUAGACGUCUAUGGACAUGGCUUUUGGGACCAGAACCAACUGGUCAUGAUAAUGAGAAUGGUCCAGAAUCACCAACAUCAGUUAUUGGAGAUCCUCUUGGCUCACAUGCUUCUUCGAGGACACAGUACUUCGAAAGUCACGGUCUACAUCCACUUACGCAAGCUCUACUUAAACUAAUACGACGAGAAGCUAUCAAUCCUAUUGAAAAGGCUCGACCAUUUCGGAUAUGUCUUUCAUUAAUGGAUCGAUGGGAGAUUGGUGGACUUGUCGUUCCAGAUAUUUUCUUGCCUGUUGUCAAUAGCGUCCGAGGCUACAAGAGUAAGGCAGCAAACAAGGCCGACUUUGCUGAAGUUCUUCGAAGUGCUAGUGUCUUUUUUGAUGGCGUCGAAAGUGGUCUAAUUUGGGGUGAAAUAGUCGGUUUGAUUGCACAGGCAUUGGCCCCUGAAAAGUUGUCAAUUGAGGAGCAGAUUGAUAAACUGUCCCUCGUCACGUUCAUAAUCAACCACUUCAAUGUACGAGAAGAAGAAAUGCUGCUGAUACACGCUCCAUUGGCAACCUUGACAAUAUUAAGUAUGCUGGAAGAUGCUAAAGAAAGGAUGCAGGAGCGCGCAGAGAAGGCCAGCGUGACAAGUGAGGUUGAACAGUUGGCUUUAAAUCUUGUUAUGGACUUGAUCGAUCUCAUUCCAGAACGAGCCUUUCAAGUGCGGCCUCCCACCAGCCAGUCAAUGGUCAAGCCUGAUGAGGACGAAAUCAAAACUCUUCCGAAUAUUGAAAUUAUACGCAGUAUGAAAACGUUUUAUGUUCAGGAGCAAGGAAAUUUAGACGCAUAUCCGCCGCCGUUUUCAGCUCUUGAUAUAAGCGAAUUGCUCGUUCGUGAAGGUGGCAGCAUAGCUAGCGAGAGUUUGUCAAGUUCAGUGUCAAGUGCUGAUGCUGGCGUCAAGACCAGGCUCCUUGUUAUGCUACUUGCCAAAGUACCCAGGGUUGGAAGUCUUGACGUCUCAGGACUGCUAAAGUCUAUGCAGAUCAAAUUGAGCAUGCCAUCUCAACUUCCGUUCACCGCAUUCACAUCUAUCAUAUCUCUUUGCACGAGUCUUUACUCAAAUCAUUAUAUCUCACUGUCACAGCUAUCCAGUUUCGUAGAUCCACUCGUUCGUUUAGCUUGGUCAUAUCUUUCUGCUUCUCAUCCGAAAUACCAUGUCGAGACUGUUCGAAGUCUUUGGCAAUUACAGACAACUCUUACACUCGACAACCACGAUAUAGAAGCCUCGAUAUGUAGUUUGAUGAUAGAGCAUGAUUUGAAUGGUACAUAUGCGUCUCGAGACGCCGACCCUGGACGGAGCUUUAGCAUUUUGUGGACACACUCACUACAAGAUAAUGCCGGUCACCUUGACCGUCGAAGCUCAAACAAUGAUAUUAAGAAUAUACCUCGACUUUCUGGUAUUGGUAAUUAUGAAGUCAUGCUUGCGAAGCCUCUCUUCAUAUUACUCGAUGCUCUUCUUGAUGAACGAACACAACUUUUCAUGACUGUUAGGAUUUGGCUGCAGAGUCUUGUUGGUAUUGACAGGUUAUUCCAUCUUUUUGUCGCAAGGUUUUCGAGUUAUAGCUUCCUUUAUACAACAUUCGAAGAUGCUGGGACCACGGCGCAUCACAACAUGCGUAUCUAUGUAGAUGAAGAUGAUAUGGAUCAAUGUCUAUACUACAUUCAAACACUAUCCAACGUAUUACGGUGGUCUUCGGACAGCACAUGGGCAGCCCUUGCUCACAACAGUAUCUCUACUGACAAAUCUCAUCGCUCUCUAUUUCAAAUCACUGGUCGAGAUGAUGAAAUCACAAUCUUGGAGUUCUUUUUACAUGUGUGCUUGCAAGCAAUUUCGGGGACCUAUGAACCAGAAAACUCGGAACGAAAACCACAUAUCCAUCAACUCCAUCGUACUGCUCUGACUCUCCUACACCAAAUCCUAUUGAGCCCAUACUCUUUAUCAUUAGGGGAGCUUCAGUUAGAGCAUGUUCUGAUUCAGAGGCUAAGUCACUCUUUAACUGGACCGGAUCCCUUUAUUCAGGUUCUGCUCCUAGAUGUUGUCUAUGCUGCUCUAAAGAUUCGACCUGUUGUCAACCUUCCGCCACCAUCGCCUACCCUAAAAAAGCGCUCUACCACUAUGACCUCUACCAUGACUCAACAUGACAAUGCGUCCGUUGCUUCGCUUGCAAUUGACCAGGGCGAACACACAGGACCAUUCUUACCUCCCCCGCCACCUUCAUUGGUGAAGUGCUUGCAGGCAGGGUUCAAGGCUGCUUCGAGUAGACCGGUCUUAGAUAGUUGGGUCAGCUUCUUGACAGAAUGUCUGCCGUUCUAUUCGGAUACGAUUUUUCAAAUCCUUAUACCGUUGGUCGAAACAUUCUGCUCACAGAUUGGAGAAACCUUUACGAAUCUCCAAACCACAUUUAAAGAGCCGGGUAUGGUAUCUGAAGGCUCGGCGGCUCCAGAAUCUACUUUGAUCUCUCUACUCAACGGUCUUGAGUUCGUACUCGCAAAGGGGCAUGAUCGGCUAUUAAAGGAUGAAACUAAAGCACCCAUUGCUAAAAGUCCCGACCAACCACAGGGAUUUUUCGGAAAUAUGGUCUCUGGUGUUUUCAAUUCGGAAACACCCCAAGCAAGAAGCAUAACUGCCAAUAACCGUCUGACUGUACUGCUCUCAUUUCAAGACGCUGUUCGAAUCUGCGUCCUCAUAUGGUCCUGGGGCGGUCAAGAUGGAGCUCAGGAUAGUGAAUCUACUGCCUCCUUCAAUUACACAUCGUUGCGCAUGCGGAAUCGAGCUCGAAGACUGCUUGAGCAUCUUUUCACCGCCGAGGCAUUAGAAUGUUUGGAGACGUUGGUCGAAAUCGGUCAAAGGUCUUCCAAGGGCAGUGAUGCUCGACCUACGGCUAUCUUCAAUCUCCUCCAUGUUCUUGAUGGUUCAAGACCAAAACAUACCAUUCCCGCGAUUUUCAAUGCCAUAUAUAGCAGAACGAACCCGAACGCAUUGGAUCCGUCAAGAAAGUCGACCUUGACAUCCUCAUUAAGUGACACGGACUUGGUAACCUUUCUGGUGGAAUAUGCAAGAUCGUUAGAGGAUGAUGCCAUGGAUGAGAUUUGGAUUGAUUGUAUGACUUUCCUGAAAGAUCUAUUGGCAAAUCCAUUCCCACAUCGACAAACUCUCCCGAGUCUUUUGGAAUUUGCCGCCAUUCUAGGAGUGAAGGUUGAUAAUACCAAUUUCGGGGAGCAGCGUCGGAUGCGAAGAGAAUUAGGAGAUCUCUUCCUUCGACUACUUACCGCAAUGUUCACAACGAGACCUAUGGGAUUCUCCGAGAGUGUAGAGAAGUUAACAGAAGUAGAUCAGCGACCUUCAUCAUCUCGCCCUUCACAGAGAGCCGAUGAUGUCGUUGGAAUUCUAGCAUCUAUCGCACCAAAUUUGCCUAAAAUUCUCGUUGAGAAUGAUCGAAUACUAAAUGCGGCGAAUACCAUCUCGUCGAGUGUCAUUGGACCAACAUUCAAGUCCAGAUCAUUUCCGGAUAACGUUUCGAAGAGCACUUUAGAACUACUAUACCAGCUUUCUAGACUUCCUAACACGCAAAAGUCAUGGCGAAAGGAUCUGGGAGAUGCAUUCAAUGAUUCUCGUUUCUUCGCAAACAACGUAAGUCUCAUUGAAAGUGAUUGGCUGCCAUUACUCAGACAGUGGACAUUGAGCGACAAAGAACGAAUGCCAGAAUUAUUAUCACGAUUAGUCGCACCCUCUACGGCUGGUAUUGUGUUCGGUGUUGGGGCAACGUCAGCACGCUUUGAGGCAGACAGAAAAUCACAACUCAAUCUCCGCCGAAUGGCUACCUUAGUUCUCGCCACCAUGGAUGAUAACUUUGUGACCGAUCUCCCUGUCAUGCAAGAGAAGAUUGUGGAACUCCUGUCCGCAACCCCAACAUCCUCUCCUUCCUCCACUACUCGCGCAGAUAUUUAUCUCCUUCUCCGGGCUCUCGUUCUUAAAACCUCGGCUAUUCAUCUCGCAACCCUGUGGCCUAUCAUUAACGCCGAACUCCACGUUGCUAUUUCAUCGGUUGUGGCACCUGAUCAUAGUACCCCUUCCGACACGUACAACAAUUGCUCUGUAUUGCAGGCAUGUAAACUAUUAGACACUUUACUCUGCAUCGCACCCGACGAUUUCCAACUCCACGAAUGGCUCUUCAUAACCGAUACCAUUGAUGCCGUCUACCGCCCCUCUUCCUUCAGACCCGUUUCUCUAGUCGACGAAUUGAGCGAAGAAUUGGGUCUAGCGACAACCACAAAUACAUCCGCAUUACAAGAAUCUUCUUCAGUUGCAGUUUCUCAAGCAGCUAAAUAUUCGAUGAGGAGACCUUUGUUGGGGAAGAUGAAAGGUGGAUUUGGAAUUAAUGAUGAGGGGACUUGGGAGAGGAAGGAUGAAUUAGUUGCGAAGGUUUUAAGGCCAUUUUUUGGUCAGUUGAGCAUUUUUGCGUUUGAGAGUACGUAUGGAAUGGGUGCGACGGAUUGGGAGGCUUGUAGACAGGGGUUAUUGAGAGAUAUUUUUGAUGAGAGGAGUAUUGUUAAGGCGUUGUGA